CUCCUGCAGGCGAUUCUUUGCCGUAGCGCUCUGCUUUGGGCGUUUGGCGCUGCGGAUGCCUCGAGGAGGGAAAAUAAUAAUGACCGCCAUGGCCAACUGGAACAACCUUGAAGCUUAUGCAAGUCGGUAGCUAUGGAGAGAGGCGUUCAGAGAUGGGUUGUUGACAUUUCCGAGUGGAAUCCUUCUCCCCCUGAGUUCUCCUCUGCGCUGAAUCUUCUCCCUCGCCAUGAACAUUCCUCCAUCCUUAGAUUUUUUAAGAUGGAAGACAGGAAACGUGCGCUUGUGAGUCGGCUGCUUCAGUAUGUUCUUGUGCAUAACAUAUUGAAAAUCCCUUACGAUGAAAUAAUUAUCAAGCGCACAUUGGAAGGCAAGCCAUAUCUGGAAUGUGAUAAAGUUGGCUCAGAAUUUCCCAAUUUUAAUUUCAAUGUAUCACAUCAUGGUGAUUAUGUGGUGAUAGCAUCAGAGCCUCUGUGUCUUGUGGGGUUGGACGUUGUCUCUUACACCAUUCCCCAAAAUGAGGAUACCAUUGCCUUUGUUAAGAACUUCUCGUCUUACUUUUCAAGUUUAGAAUGGAAGAACAUCAUGAAUGCUAGCUCUAGCUCCAGCUCGAGUGUUUUGGUUGAGUUCUACAGAUAUUGGUCUCUCAAAGAAGCAUAUGUGAAAGCUAUUGGAAGUGGAAUGAUGGCAUACGGGUUGGAGCAAGUUGAGUUUCUUCAUGAUGGAUGGAACAACAUACGAGCUAAAGUUGGAGGUGAAAUUCUGAAAGAAUGGAGAUUUUGGCUCUCAGAGAUGGGAAAUAGACAUUGUGUGGCAGUAGCCAAGGGGCACCCGAGAUCGGCUACCGAGAGCUACCGAAGGACUCUAACAAGGACGGAGUUCGAACCCGACGAAUAUCGUGCUGGUCUUCUUCUUCCCAAUAUCAGCUUUGUGUCAAAAAGUGUAGAACAACUAAUUUCCAUAUCCAUGGAGUGAGGCUUUGAUGCCUGAAGACUGAUUGCGAGAGAUAGUUCAACAUGCUUGUUUGGCUAAGUUGGGCAUAUAAACCAUCAAUUGUUGAGGGUUGAGAUUACAGUGAAAACGUGUGCUUUAAGUGAUUUUGAAAUUCUAGGCUCGACGUCCAAGAAUUCUUUACUCGACCAACUCAACUCCCUACAUUAUAGGUUGAGUUGUCAAGUUACUUGAGUUCGAGUUAAGUUCGAAUGUAUGAAAAUUUUAUGAAUUAGGCUGGUUCAUAAAUUCCCACGAAACUUCUCAUUUAUUGGGGGGGGACGAGGAAGCCUUUCCCGUCCCAUCUCCGCCACUUAUUUCAUUCUCAUCUCUAUGACAUUUUACAUUUAUUUUUACGGGAAUCGAGGUCAAGGUUCUCGAUGAAAA